AUGCUUUCCUUGCUGGCUCUCAUUGGCAUCUGCCUGGCUGCUUAUUAUUUUGCAGCUCGAUUUUUUGGCCAUCGCUUACCUCUUCCUCCCGGGCCCCCAUCAUUGCCGGUCAUAGGUAACCUGCAUCAGAUACCCAAGAAUUUCCGGUGGAAGACAUAUAAGGAAUGGCACGACAAGUAUGGCCCUGUAGUCACGGUCAAAUGUGGACUGAAAACGAUUAUCUUGCUCGGGUCACACAAAUCGGCUAGGGAUCUCUUGGAUAAACGAGGAGGUAUAUACAGCUCUCGCCCACAUUCUGUCGGGUUAGGAGACUAUGGGUUUGGCGGCAAGUCGAUAACAUUCCUACCAUACGGGCCGAAGUGGAAACAGCGGAACCGUAUACAGACGUCUCUUGUCAAUCCUAGUAUGACCAAACGAUAUCGUGUUCUCCAAGACAUCGAAAGCAAGCAUCUUCUGCUCAAGAUUCUUUUGGAUGGAAGCCAGUUUUUUGACCUCUUCGAGCUCUACCACUCUAAUCUCCUACUGAUUUUGAUGUAUGGCCGGAGAAUUGUUGACUUAGGAGAACGGUAUCCGGAAGAAUACAUGGAGAAUCUCAACGCUGUCCAUGACGCGUUCCAGCGUAACCAUGUGGUAGAACCAUUCCCAUGGUUGGCUGAAGUAUUGGGCAUCGGUAAAUGGAAAGCUAGAUCGCAAAAGGCCCUUGAAAAGCAGCAACAGGUGCUUGAACAGUUCACGGAUGCGGCACUUGCGUCAGGUUCCUGGAACUGGGCCAAAGCCUUGGCUGGGGGGAAAGAGGGGAAUAAAAUCGACAGAGAAGAUCUAAUAAUGACUUCUUCAGACCUUUUCGAAGCUGGCCACGCUGUUCCCAUGGCUCUGUGCGUAUUCGUCAUGGCGAGUGUGUUGCAUCAAGAUGCCGUCAAGGAGGCACAGGAAGAGCUUGACCGAGUUGUAGGGCCCGACAGGCUGCCGACAUUUGAGGAUAUGCCAAAGUUGCCCUAUGUCAACGCCUUUAUAGCCGAGGUUCAGAGAUGGAGGCCCAUUGCUGUCACGGGGAUGCCUCACGCAGUCCUUGAGGACGACGAGUACAUGGGUUACAGGAUUCCAAAGGGCACGCCUGUGGCAGCCAACCACUGGUCCCUCGAAUACGAUGAGGAAGUCUUCGGCGACCCCAGCAACUUCCGGCCGCAGCGAUGGAUCGAUAACCCGGCACUGCCAACCUGUCCGUUCGGGUUCGGUAGACGAGCUUGUCCAGGCCAGCAUCUUGUUCGCGAUACACUGUUUUCAGCGGUAUCGCGGAUGCUUUGGGCAUUCAACUUCGACCAUGUCUACGAUGAGACCGGCAAGAAAAAGGAGAUUGAUCCGGACAACAUGUCGCAGAGUCUAGACUCACAGCCGCUGCCUUUCGAUGCAGCCUUUCACAUACGUAGCCCAAGGCAUCAAGAGAUCAUAGAGCAUGAGAGCAAGGCCUGUGAACAGAAUCUGGAUAUCAUUCUCAACAAGAUCAAGCCGAGCGAAGGGUAG